AGAUUUCAGAACAGAAUCGCUCUUUCCAAUUACGGCUGUUGGGAUCCUAUAAAACAGCGAUUUCAGUGUUUUUUGGGAGUCCGCCUUCACUGAGCACACUCUCUCUCUCUCUCCCGGUCCCUCUCCCUCUUCCUCUCCGGUAUUCCCACUUGAAAUUUUCUGUUUGCUUUCCCGGAAUCCGACCGAGAAAAUUUUCCCUUUGCCCCCCUUCUUUGCACUCCCUCUUUUUAAGCCUGCUUCCUCCGCCGAUUCUUUUUCCCUUUCUCUGUGAUCUUUUCAGUUUUGGGGCUUAGGGGUUUAGGUUUUUAGGCUCACUUUAGCAAAAGCUUUCCUCCUCUUGUGAUUCCAAUCUAAUCCCUUGAAGGAGAGAUUUCGAUUUUUCACUGUUCAUACAACUUUCCCUUUAGAUUUCCCGUUGUGGGUUGCCUUUUUGACGAAUUCUGCAGUUCCUCUCCUCUCUCAAUCUGUGAUUUCUUCUUCUUCUUCAACCUCUGUUUUGUUCAUCUGCGUUUGGAUUUGGGAUUUGGGUUUUGGGUUUGGGCUUAUCUCACUGUCUUUUCUUAUUAAAUGCGAAUAGGCGCUGUCUGAUUCAGAAUGGAUUACAGUAGCUUAUGGCCGGUCAAGUACAGUGAACACAAGAGUGUCACUAGGAAGUUCCUCAGGCCAUCCGUGAAGCCCAGGAAAGCUUCCGACGGGAGGAAACCGGCAGAGUCCCCGAGAAUCGUCCGAAUCUCUGUCACCGACCCGGAUGCUACCGACUCCAGCGACGACGAGGAGCCGGAGUUGUUUGGCCGGCAGCGAGUCAAGCGCUAUAUCGACGAGAUCAACAUCGGAAGCGCGUGUAAAAGCGCCGUUACCAUUCGGAAGAGACCGGCCGUAGCAAUAGCCGGCUCCGGUGAUGAGUUGGCGGGCCGGCAGCCAGUGAAGGCUUCGCCGAAGAAGUUCCGCGGCGUUCGCCAGCGGCCAUGGGGAAAGUGGGCCGCUGAAAUCCGGGACCCGGCCCGGCGGAUGCGGGUGUGGCUUGGGACCUACAACACCGCCGAGGAGGCGGCGCGUGUGUACGACGAUGCCGCCGUGAAGCUCCGCGGACCCGACGCGCCGACGAACUUCGGGCCGCCUACAGCUGAGGACAAGCCGGGCAUAAACGUGGCGACGCCGUCCGGGUACGACUCAGCGGACGAGUCCCACAACCUAUCUUCUCCGACUUCAGUCCUGCAUUUCCGAACCCGGUCCAACGAGGAAGCCGAACCGGUGUGCCACGCCGAACCUCUCCUCGCCGUGAAAAAAUUCGAGCCUUUUCAAGAAUACCCGAACCAGUACUGCCGAAAAGCGGAACAAGAAUCGACCCAAGAGUGCCAAGGCGAAACCAGUGCUCUAUCAGAGUUGGGUGAGUACUUGCCGAUGGACGACAUGCCCCUCCUAGACGAUAUAUUCAAUUUCCGGUCUCCGUUGCCUCUUCCAUUCGACGACAUGCCGGUAGCAGAAGACAUAAUGAGUCAAGAUUUAGGCGAUAUGUUCCUUGAUUCGGUUCAAGAUUUCGGCCCCCUGAGUUUACCGGUUGAGGACGGCUUUAAAGACUUCGGUAGCAAUUUUCCGGAUAUCGGCGAUUUCUUCGCCUCGGAUCCUCUUGUGGCCGUUUGAGCCUCUAAAGAUACUGUUGGAGUUGGAUUGAGCAUUUCGGUUUCACCGUCGUCGGGCCGAUAUCUCGGCAAAUUUUGUGCUGGCAGCCACGCAUAUCGGCUAGUUUCCCUUUUCCUUUUCGUUUUUCUUUUUUUGUUUUUUUAAUUAAUUUAAUGCGCGGCUGCUUUAUACUAGCUUUUAAAAUUUAAUUUAAUCUCCUAAUGGGGAAAUGAGUGGAGUUUUGUUUAGAUUUUAUACCAUUUUGUCCGUUUAAUAAUAAUUACUAAGAGUGUAAAAUUUUCAA